GCACGUGGCUGCCGGCGCUCUGGAGCGUCCGUUGCUGCCGGUGCUCUCGCCGCCCUUUCUCUUGCGCCCGGCGACACCCGGUCCAACCGAUGAUGGAGGCGCCCGUCUUCCGGCUGCGGCGAGGCUGUCCCUGGAGCAGUGCCGCCUGGUGGAGGUCCCCGGCUGCGGGAGCCUCCUGCUCGCAGAGUGCCGGGGCGACUUGGGCAUCGGCGGGGGCGUGUGGGAUGGUGGCCUGGUCCUUUUGGAGUACCUGGCCCAUCCGGCUCAGCGCACGCGCCUGGAGGGGCGGCGAGUGCUUGAGCUUGGCAGUGGCACAGGUCUCGUCGGGCUAGGCUGCGCUCUUCUGGGUGCCCAGGAGGUUCUCCUCACCGACCUUCCCGACGUCACGGCCCUCCUGGACUUCAAUGUAGCCCUGAACCGAGCACGUCGGUCGGGGCUCGAACGGGUGCAGGUGCAGGCUCACGAGUGGGGCACCGAUGUUGCGGCGCUGGAGCCUGCGGCGCUUGAGGUGGUGAUCAUGGCAGACCUUAUCUACGAUGUCGAGCCCUCCAAGCAGCU